UACACUGUAGCACGAAUGCAGUUUGGCACCGCGUUCCCUUCCAGGGCAGGCUCUCCGCUCCCUCCUCCUCCUCGGCCGCGUCCCUCUCUCACCUGGACUCCUCACUCAGCUCGCCUCCUCCAUUCCCUCUCUGGGCUCGACUCAGCGCGCCUGUCUUCUCCGGAGUCAGCUCGACGCAACUUGAUUGGCCGCCGCCACGGCCGCCGCCAAUAGAUUGGCCGCCCAAGACCCCCCUUCGCAGGCGCGCGCAGUGGCCGCCCGAAGGCAUCGCUCGCGCCAUGGCUCCGCAGCGGCGCGCGGGGGCCAAAGCUCCGGAGGGCGGCGGCGGCGGGGGCGCGAGGGCGGAGGGGCGGCGCCGGCUGAGCAGCGGUGUAAAAGGCAAUGUCCCGAAAGACUCUCGUCGGAAGUGGCUAAAGGUGGCUUUCCUUCUCUCAUCUGCCAUGUUGGGCUACCUCCUGAGUGGGACUUAUUUUCUCGGUGAAGAUGGAGUUACAGAAGUUUUGGCCCAUUAUAGUGAACACCUACCAGACAGAUUCAUCGAAAUACCCUGCUCAGAGGACUAUGACAGCCACAAGCGUUUUGAAGGUUGCACACCUCGGAAGUGUGGAAGAGGGAUAACAGAUGCUAUAAUCAGAAGGGAAGAAGCUGAGAAAAUCCGUAGAAUAGCAGAGAGGGGACUGUCCCUGGGAGGAUCGGAUGGAGGGGCUUCAAUUCUGGACUUGCACUCAGGAGCUCUGUCUUUGGGGAAGCAUUUUGUUAACAUGUACAGAUAUUUUGGUGAUAAAGUCUAUGAUAUCUUCACAGAAGAGGAUUUUCAGUUGUACCGUGAUGUGAGGCAGAGAAUUCAACAAAAAAUAGCUCUUGCUUUUGGCAUCAGUUCCUCUUCCAUGUACUUGACAAAGCCAACCUUCUUCUCUAGAAUAAACAGCUCAGAAGCGAAGACUACUCAUGAUGAAUACUGGCACCCACAUAUUGACAAGGUGACCUAUGGUUCAUUUGACUAUACAUCUCUGCUUUACCUCUCUGACUAUACAGAAGACUUCGGUGGUGGACGAUUUGUUUUUAUGGAUGAAGGUGCAAACAGGACAGUAGAACCUCGAGCAGGCCGGGUUUCCUUCUUCACAUCUGGCUCUGAAAACCUCCAUCAUGUGGAAAAGGUCCAGUGGGGCACCCGUUUUGCCAUCACCAUUUCCUUCACCUGCAAUCCUGACCAUGGUAUUGGGGAUCCCGUUCUAACAUAGCAGGUGGCAUAGAUGGAUUAAGAAGAGGAGCCCUGAGAGAGAAGGGGGAAAAGAAAAUAUUAACUUCCCAUGUAAAUGCUGCUGCUUUGGAUCUUCUAAACUUUGUUUAAUGUAAAUGUGAGCUGUUUUCAUAUACUCUGUGCCCUCUUAAGUGUUACAAACAGUGCCUUAAGGUCCAUCUUUGUACAUUUCCUGUCAGCUCGCUUUUUGUAAGGCAGUAAUUUGGCUUCUUCCCACCCUUUAAGGUUACUUUACAGUUCAGAAAUUGCUGUAUAUGCUACCUUAUUCCUCUGGCACAUUUCCCCACCACAAGGAUUUCCUUCACUCCAUCUAUAGCAGGAUGGGCAAACUUGGACCCUCACAAUGUUUUGGAUGUCAACUCCGAGAAUUCCUAACAGCCUCAGGCCCCUUCCCUUCCCCCUCAGCCUCUUAAGGAGUUGACGUCCAAAACAUCUUGAGGGCCCAAAUUUGCCCAUGCCUGGUCUAUAUGGUGCCCUAUGAAACAGCUGGUGUGCAGAUGAAUACUCGAAUGUGCUGUGAAGGACAGGCUCAAUUGCUUCCAACCCUUGGGGCUCCGCCACUCUUCCUCUCAUCCAUAAUUGGUCCCUACAUUCCUCCUCCUCUCUAUGGUAAUGUGCAAGCUUUGAUACAUAACUGGGGGAAUAUAUUUAUAGGCUUGUGCAUUGGCAUAUUUUACACUAACUAGAAUGUUUUGUUUCAAACUGUAUACAUAGAACCUGUGAAAGUAGAAUGGGAUGAGCAAAUUCUGGGUGUGUGAGGACCAAAUUCUCUCCCCUAAGAUCAACUGCAGACUAUACUAAAGUUGAUGAAGACCAAAAUGAAACACAAAACCUAAAACAGAGCUGAAGUUCUGGUUUCAUUUUUCAGCCUGUGGAUGGGAAACCUGCAUCCUUAUGCCCCUGGAGGUAUACAUUAAUUUCUGAUUAAACAAAAUGGGAGCACAUAGAGGGGGAUGCAAGGUGCAAAAGUGGCUUGAGGGAGCACUAGUCCCUCCUGGAUCACUUUCCACAGCCGUGCUUCAUAACUUCAUUGACACUACUCAUGUAAAGGUUUUCCUAAAAGUGAAUAAGCAACAUCUCAAUCUUUAAUCUUGAAUACGAAACAUGUGCUUUGACUACUGGAAUGGUUGCUGUUCCUGUACCCCAUGGUUGUACAUGAACUGAAAAAUUAUUUUAUUGAUUUGUAGGCGACUACUCAGGAUAAAAUAAAACUGUUCUGAAAAAAAUGCUUAAUCUAGUUGAUAUAUAACUUGUGUGCUUGCAGAGAACAAAUCUCUUAUUUUAAGGCUGUGGUUCUCAAUCUGUGGGUCCCCAGGUCUUUGGCCUACAACUCCCAGAAAUCCCUGCCAGUUUACCAGCUGUUAGGAUUUCUGGGAGUUGAAGGCCAAAACAUCUGGGGACCCACAGGUUGAGAACCACUGGUUUAAGUGAUCUGUUCAUUUUGCCACCUGUACCUUAGAUUCUAAAUAUUCACCUAAUCUCAGAAUCUGUUAAGGCUUCCUUGGAAUGACUCACAGGAUAUGCAGCUAUCAAGCUGAAUGUGAAAUAACUUCAAAUAACUCCUCAUUUACAACAAUAAGCAGACAUGUUUUUGGACGGUGCCAGAAGACAUUUUGAGGGAGAAUACAAUUUGGAUGCACACAACUUUUAAAUUAUGUUAUAUAGGACAAUUUCAUAAACUGGAAACCAAUGUACAUCCUGCCUUUAUAUUAUGAAUGGCAUUUUAGCUUAUGGAAGGCUGACCCCUUUUUUUCAUGCUCACUCGUUAUUCAGUCCAGUGUCUCAAUUUGUAAGAGGUUGCAAUUGUGACUUACACAAGCAGGAGAAAAAAACGUGGAAACAGAGGCAAGCAAGUAGGAUGGUAGAAGUAGGACACAGGUGUAAGCUAAUUCAUCACUAUCUGACAUGUAGAAUCCAAUGUGUGUGUAUUAUGUACAUCCUUUUUUUGCUUGGAUUUCAUCUAAGAUGCUACAGUAUGACCCCAUAUUAAUGAGAUGAUUAUCCACAGUUUUAUUUAUCCAUGUCCAAUAAAUUAUGUCCUCUGAAAAUGGGAAAUAAAGGGAAGCAUAAACUGUUGCCUCUCUUGGAAAAGAUAAAUUCUCUGUUAGUACUGAGAGGCAUGGCUUAAAAGAACACAAUUUAAUCCUCUGUGUCAUAGCAGAUCGACUGCCUCAAAGGAGAUGUGAGCUGGAGGCCCAUACUAGAGACUACUCUCUGCCCAGCAAGAGAUGAUAAAACAUGCUGAGCUUGUCAUCACUACAAAACCAGUCAAGAGCAGAAGUAAGGAAUGAUGGAUAUUCAGUUGCAGGGUCGGAGAGCUCUCCUCCAGUCUGCAGCUUUACCACUCACUCUUUACAGAUCUUAACCUGUUUCAGUGAAGGGUUUUCAAAAGCCUAACAGCAUGCAGACCCCAGAAGGUUCCCCAUUUCAACCUUCUGCAGGCUGAAAGCUUGACACUGCUUUGAGCCUGAGUCCAUUUGAAUCACACACUAACAUGAGAUAUAAAUAAGUAACACUAUUGCCAAGAUGCAUCAGAAUGUUGAUACAGAAUAUUUGUCACACAUUCACAUUAAAUAAACCAGGGAGCAACCCAUAUGGAAGUGCAUGUUGUCUUGAUCCUGCAUGCACCUUCAUUUAUUUUUAUUUGCAAAAUUGGAUUGUAUGAUAAGAUUUGAUUUGCUCUAUGCAGAUGAAAGCUGCACUUCAGAGAAAAUGGAAGGGAAAUCUAAAAGUUCUAAACGAAAUAUAUUUUUAAAAAACCAUCCGCUUACACAAAUAACAGAGGGGGAAAAGGGAUGGAGAAUCUGCUAUGAAGGUAAACUCCAAAUGCAGUGCUUGCUUGUUUUAAAAUCUCUUGUCACUUCAGUUCCUAUUUUCCUCCAGAUUGACAGGAUGAAUUUCCCCCUAAAUGGGUUCUUUCUGGCAAUACAAAAAAGAUUAUUCUCUCCCCACACUUGUCUCUUGCGAUCUUCCUGUGAUAGUAAAGUGCUAUCUCCAUCUCUCCAUGAGUUACGUAUCUACCUGGUGUUUAUUUCAAACACCUUUAGUUCUGCUGAUCAGACGAUUCCCCAUUGCCUGUCAAUCUUCCUCGGAGUCAAUAAAGAUAAAAUGUUUUCUAAUAAAAUGGCAUCUACCACA